AAGCCACGUUUAAUUUACAAAUCCACCAAUGAAACACGAAGCUAAAUAUUUUAAAUUCUAUAAAUUCACACACACACACACACACACACACACACACACAAAUAGACACAGAGAGAGAGAGAGAGAGAGAGAGAGAGAGAGAGAGAGAGAGAGAGAAUGGGAUGGCAAUGGAAGAAGGAAUACCUGGAUGUAGUUUUGGUCCCAAUUGGGUUACUGAACAUGUUUGGCUAUCACCUCUUCCUUCUCUACAGGGUGCUAAAGCAUCCCGACAGGACAAUGAUCGGCUAUGAGAACAAUAGCAAGAAAGCUUGGGUUGAGAGAACUAUGCAGGUUGAAGCCAAGGAAAGAGGGCUAGCUUUACAAGUUAUCAAUAGCAACAUGUCGGCAGCAUCUUCUCUGUCUUCAAUCUGCCUAGUUCUGAGUUCUCUAAUUGGAGCGUGGAUCGGAAGCUCUUCGGAAAAUGUCUUCACCAGCGAUCUUAUUUAUGGGGACACAAGCAGUUCCAUCAUUUCCAUCAAAUAUAUGACUCUUCUUUCUUUCUUCCUAGUGGCUUUUGCUUCUUUUGUCCAAACUACGAGGAAUUUAGUCCAUGCCUGUUUCCUCAUAACCAUGCCAAACACAGAAAUUCCUGUAAGCUAUGUUGAGAAGGCUGUGCUAAGAGGUAGUUACUACUGGUCAAUCGGCAUGCGUGCACUCUACUUUGCCACCACCUUGCUAUUGUGGAUUUUUGGUCCAAUCCCGAUGUUUGUUUCUUCAGUGAUUCUGGUAGCAGUGUUGCAUAACCUAGACACCAAUUCGACCCUGUUGCAUACAUUUCAGCCAUCCCCAAGUCACAAUCGUUUUCAGAAGAAUGGAAAGGAAAGAACUUCUAUCAGAAGGGUUACUGAGGGCCAUGAGAGACCACCAGCACAUGGUUAUCAGGACAUAACAGGAGAAGGUGUCCGCACUGACCAAAACCUGGAACUACAAGAAUUUACCUUAUCCGAUAGAUAAAUGUCACUAGGUUCACAACCAACCAGCUUGCUUUUUUUUUUUUUUUGAUAAGUCAACAAGCUUGUUUUAUAGCUGAACGUGUGUAAAAUCCAUUCAUCACUUUCCA